AUGACAUCAACGGAAGGUCUGGUGCCGAUUACCAGGAAAUUCCUGGCAUCUUAUUACGACACAUACCCUUUUGCCCCUCUCUCCGACGACGUUUCUCGCCUUUCCUCCGAGAUCCGCUCCAUUACCUCCGAUUUGCUCAAGGACGCUCCUCCCCGCUCUCGAGAUGAAAGCGUACUGUUAAAAGAAGCGGAAGGAGAGGCUCCUCAUAAAAUCGAUGAGAAUAUGUGGAAGAAUCGAGAACAUAUGGAAGAAAUUCUCUUUUUGCUUGAUAAAUCCCGCUGCCCACCGGCUCUUCAAGAUGACAGUGAACUUGCUACUGUUGUUAACAAGCUGAGAGAAAAGUUUCAAAAGGCUCUGAACGCAUUGCAAGCUUUCCAAACUUUGAAUUCUGAUCGUGUAUUCAACACAGUCAUGACCUACAUGCCUCAAGAUUUUCGAGGGACGCUUAUCAGACAGCAAAAGGAGCGGUCAGAAAGGAAUAAGCAAGCAGAGGUGGACAUGCUGGUUAAUUCUGGUGGAAGUAUACGUGAUCAAUAUGCUCUGUUGUGGAGACAACAAAUGGAUAGGAGGAGACAGUUAGCGCAGCUUGGUUCAGCAACAGGUGUAUAUAAAACUCUUGUGAAGUACUUGGUAGGAGUUCCACAGGUCUUACUAGACUUCAUUCGUCGAAUAAAUGACAAUGAUGGGCCCAUGGAAGAGCAAAGACAGCGUUAUGGACCGCCUUUAUACAGUCUGACAGUGAUGGUUCUUUUGAUUAGACUAUUUAUUUCACUUGCCUGGGGAAGAUUUGGUGCUAAAAAAUUAACCAGGGAUCAAGUUGCUGUCUUGGAACAAGCUGUUGAUGUCUACACCAAUGAGUUUGAAAGGUUCAUUACCUUCAUCGGUGAGGUAUUUGCAAAUUCCCCUUUCUUUAUUUCAGCAGAGGCUGCUGGUGCAUUAGAAGCUAGAAAUAAUGAUGACUACAAGGAGAUAAAUGUUCCGGCUGGGAAAACUCAUGAGGUUUCGUUGUCUGUGGAAUCAGAAAACUCAUACAUUGCUUGGGAUUUCAGUUUGAUACAAGGCAAAAUGAACAUGGAUAUUGGAUUUAGCAUGGAGUGUACAGACUCUUCAGGGAAAAAAACUCUUGAGAAUUGCAUGAAGCAGUUGUGUGCUGCAGAGAUAAGAAUUCACAAGGUUAUUCUUGAAGGUGAUGCGAAGAUGGUAUUUGGAGCUACAAAUCGGAACCAAACACGCCUUAAGGAGUUCCGCAUUCGUGCUGCAAGAAUGGGCAUUGUCUUAAAGAGAAAAGGUUUCAUUUUGUCCAUGGGACUUGUAAUUGGGCUGCCCACAUGGGGCACAAAGGGCCAAGAGUGA